AUGGCACCCCUGGUAACAUUGGCCACAUGUGCCCUGAACCAGUGGAGUCUUGACUUCGAGGGAAAUUUGAGGCGUAUCAAACAGAGUAUCAUCAAAGCCAAGGAAGCCGGGGCAACUCUUCGCGUCGGUCCUGAGCUUGAAAUCCCGGGAUACGGCUGCUUGGACCAUUUCUUAGAGACAGAAGUAUACGAGCACUCGUGGGAUUCUUUGUACUCUAUCUUGACUGAUGAGUCACUUCAUGGAAUUAUCAUUGAUGUUGGAUUGCCUCUGCUGCACCGGAACUGCAGGUACAAUGCACGUGCUAUCCUUCUGGACGGCAAGAUCUUGUGUCUUCGCCCAAAACUGUAUCUCGCCAACGAUGGCAACUUCCGUGAAAUGCGCUUCUUCACGCCAUGGAACAGGCCCAGACAUGUGGAGCAGUACUACCUUCCACCGCUGAUUCAGAAACAUCAAGGAACCCGCCACGUUCCCAUUGGUGAUGUUGUUCUCUCCACGAUCGACACCUGCCUGGCGGCUGAGACAUGUGAAGAGUUAUUCACACCCAACAGCCCUCAUAUUAACAUGGGACUUAAUGGAGUGGAAAUCUUCACCAACAGUAGUGGAAGCCAUCACUCACUUCGGAAGCUGGAUGAACGUAUUGCCCUCAUCCAGGAAGCCACACGCAAGAAUGGAGGUGUCUACUUGUAUUCCAACCAACUUGGGUGCGAUGGAGAUCGGCUUUACUAUGAUGGCUGCGCGAUGAUCUUCGUCAACGGUGACAUCGUGGGCCAGUCAAGCCAAUUCUCGUUGAAUGAGGUUGAAGUCGUUGUGGCGACAGUCGAUCUCGAGAAAGUACGGGCCUACAGAUUUGCCCCAUCGCGUGGUCUACAGGCAGUCGCGGCACCGGAAUACCAGCGUAUCGAGGUGGACUAUUCCCUGUCUCACGACAACUUGGAUCUUGACUUUGAUCUGCGACCUACUGCCGCGCGACCGGCGCGGUAUCACCUUCCGGAAGAAGAGAUUGCCCUGGGACCCGCCUGCUGGCUCUGGGAUUACCUCCGGCGCUCCAAGGCCGCUGGUUUCUUUGUCCCGCUGUCCGGAGGAAUUGACAGCUGUGCUACCGCAACAAUUGUGUACUCGAUGUGUCGUCUGGUCAUUUCCGCGAUCAAGGAGGGAAAUGAACAGGUCAUCACCGAUGUCAAGCGAAUUGCCGCCUUCUCAUCGAAUCUCCCUGAGACGGCAGAAGAGCUGUGUAAUCAAAUUUUCUGUACUUGCUACAUGGGAAUGGAGAACCAGAGCAGCAAAGAAACCCGCGAUCGGGCGAAGGCCCUUUCUGAGCGGAUAGGGUCGUAUCACACCGAUGUCAACAUUGAUAAUAUGUUUCACUCGACGAAGAACAUCCUCACCCAAGCCACAGGCUUUGAGCCGAAAUUCAAGGUUCACGGAGGCUCGAACACGUCGAAUCUGGCUCUUCAGAAUAUCCAGGCGCGAUCCAGAAUGGUGCUUGCGUAUUACUUCGCCCAAGAGCUAUGUGAGGUCCGGAACCGCCCCGGAGGUGGCUCUCUUUUGGUUCUUGGAAGUUCCAACGUGGAUGAAUGUCUCCGCGGAUAUCUGACGAAAUACGACUGUUCUUCUGCCGAUAUCAAUCCCAUUGGGUCGAUUAGUAAAGUGGACCUUAAACGGUUCAUCGGCUGGGCGUCCAAAGACUUUGAAAUGCCCAUCCUCGUGGACUUCCUGGAUGCUGUCCCAACGGCCGAACUGGAGCCGAUUACGGAGAAUUACGUGCAAAGUGAUGAGGUCGACAUGCAAAUGACCUACAGUGAACUCUCGCGUUUCGGAAUGUUGAGAAAAGUGGAUCACCUGGGGCCAUAUGGAAUGUUUCUUCGUCUUCUGGACGAGUGGGGUGGCGAUGGCAAACUUAGCCCCCGCGAGAUUGCUCACAAGGUGAAAUUGUUCUUCCAUUUCUACCAGAUCAACCGCCACAAGCAGACUGUUGCCACCCCGGCUUACCACGCGGAGAGCUACAGCCCCGAUGAUCAUAGAUUUGAUCUCCGGCCAUUUGUCUACCCCCCUGGAUUUGAGAGCUGGUCAUUCAAGAAGAUUGAUGCACGAGUGGAUGCUUUAGAGAAGAGGAAGAAGAGACAAGAGGCAUAG